CGAGCCUCUGUUUUGGCUACAGUAAAAUUAAAUAGUCAUUGAUCUUGUGGACAAGUGAAAAAAAGGAGACUAAACGAUUGUUGUACUGGUGGAUCAAUUGUAAUAGUGUACUCGAGGGGCUAUUUGUUAAGAGAAUGGGCAGGAAAAGGAGGACGAGACGAUGACGCCGAGGAGCUACAGCUGCCGAAGCCCAUGAAUUUUGCGCUACUGGCAGCGGAAUCUCGGCUUUCACGGCGCAUGCACCGGCCUUGUCCGUACGUCUAUAUGACACUUGUGCAAUCACUGAUAAUAUUGGACUAUGUGGGUACCGGAGAAAUAUAUCAGUCAGGAUAGAAAGAAAAUAGCUCAACGUUAAAAACGCUGGACUGAAAAAAGCCCUGAUUAAUAUCCUUGACAUGACCAGACUGCGCUUUCCACGGGCAGCAAUACUCCUCGCACUGACGAUUUACGCAUGUCUACUGGUAGUCUACUACCGGCACUCGAUGCCCCUGAAAAAUGAUGAGCCAACAGACGAUCCGGUACAAUCGAACGAUAGAAGUGGCGUUAACAUCGAGGAACUCCUGAAUGAAUUGAGCGACGACGACAGCGGCAAUUCUGAUACUCGAGACGAGCAGAGAGUCCGACUAUCCGCGAGCGAGGAUUCAAGGAAACUGCUGGAAACGAUAUUUUGGAAAGCUGACACUGACAAGGACGAUUUCUUGGAUAUCAGGGAGCUGGCCAAGUGGAUACACGCAAAGAUCAUAGACCACAUCGAUCGCUCUAUGAGGGACAACAUCGGACUUUUCACCUCUAUCGAUAGCAAUCCACGAAACGGUGAAAUCUCGUGGGACGAGUACCACGCUCACUUUUUGCGCUCGAAUGGUUUAUCGGAGGACUACAUCGACUCCUACAACGAGCGUCACUUGGAACUGUCGCGCAGUCAGAAAGAGGCCGUAGUGAGGGACAGGGCUCGGUGGUCCGAGGCUGCGAGGAAUGAUCCUGAUAAACUCACUCUGGACGAGUUUCUCGCCUUUACUCAUCCAGAGAGCAGUCACCGGGCACUGCUCCAGAUGGUUGAGGAUCUGUUCGAUAAGUUUGACCGUGAUGGUGACGAGCAGCUGACGGAAGAUGAAUUUUCCGAUCUUCCGUCGGAGGGUGUCAACGUUGAACCGAGCGUAUCUAUGCCUGUGAGGCAAGAGCGCCGCCAGGAAUUCCGCCAUCUGAUUGACAAGAACAAAAACGGGAAAGCCGAUCGAUCUGAAUUGUUGGCAUACAUAGACCCGAGAAAUCCAAGACACGCAAUACAAGAGGCUAAUCAUUUAAUCGAACUGUCGGACGUCAAUCACGACGGCAAGCUUCAACUUUCGGAAGUUCUUAGUAAGACAGAUCUGUUUCUGGGCAGCAAAAUGGUCGAUACCGAGGGCAGCUUUCACGAUGAAUUCAGAUGAAAAGAUGUACAGUCAUCACAGUACGACGACAUUAUUUACGAAGCGCCUAUAGCACAGUUGUAUUUACAUGAUACUUACGCACCUUGCAUUUCAGGAGGGAGGAAUUUUGUACGAUACAAGCUUUGUAGUUCCUAAGUAUUGUUUGUGACGAUGAAGAGAUGCGAAAAAAAUGUAAUCGUACCAUUUUUUAGUAUUUAAGAAAAUGUAAGUCAAUA